AUGCUCCCCUCUCAACUCAACAGCUCGCCCAAGCGCGCCAACCCAUUCGGGCGCUCAUCCCCGUCACCGGCACCACAGUCACAACCACGGCCUAAAUCUGCCAUCAUAAGUCCGUCACAUGGAUUAGAGUCGGCAAGAGGACAUCUUCGCAACGCAUCAGUCUCACAAAUCACAACCAAUCGAUCUCCAGCAUCCAUAAGUCGCCAACGGUCAAACUCAGUACGCAACAAUGCAUCGUCAGGAACAUUUGCGCCGAGCUUUAUCAAGUCGGAAGAGCUGCGACGGGGCGCGGACCAGAUUCGCGGACUAGAGGGUGAGAAUGACUUCUCUGGAAACAAAUACGUGUGGUUGCGCGAUGCUGAAAAAGCAUUCGUGCGCGGGCUCGUAUUGGAGGAAUUAGAAGGAGGACGUCUGCUAGUCCAGACCGACGACGGCGAGCAGCGGGAUGUGGAUGCCGACCAGGUUGACAAGGUCAACCCGGCCAAGUUUGACAAGGCAGACGAUAUGGCGGAACUGACCCAUUUGAACGAAGCCUCUGUGGUUCACAACCUGCAUACCAGAUACCAAUCCGACUUGAUUUACACAUAUUCUGGGCUUUUCCUGGUGACAAUCAACCCAUACUGCCCUCUGCCGAUCUACACGAACGAGUAUGUGAAAAUGUACAAGGGUCGUGGAAGGGAAGAGACCCGGCCACAUAUUUUCGCGAUGGCAGAUGAGGCAUUCCGCAACCUUGUGGAGGAAGGAGAAAACCAAAGUAUUCUUGUGACUGGUGAAUCUGGUGCGGGUAAAACCGAGAACACCAAGAAGGUCAUUCAAUACCUGGCAGCUGUCGCAACUUCUGAUACACCGUAUGGCCGGUCAGGAACAAAGCAGCUAUCGAACUUGUCUCAGCAGAUCCUUCGCGCCAAUCCCAUUCUCGAAGCCUUUGGAAACGCGCAAACAGUCCGCAAUCAUAACUCUUCUCGCUUCGGCAAAUUCAUUCGAAUUGAAUUCUCUCGUUCCGGACAGAUAUGCGGCGCAUGGAUUGACUGGUAUCUGCUUGAAAAGUCACGAGUUGUUAAGCCCAACUCUAACGAGCGAAACUAUCACAUUUUUUAUCAGUUGCUCCAAGGUGCAGAUCGGUCCACUCGAGAAAGGUUGUUGCUCCAAGAUCUCCAGAUCGAGGACUUUGCGUACACGAAGGAUGGCAAUGAUUCGAUUGUCGGGGUUUCCGAUAGGGACGAGUGGAACUCGCUCAUCGAGGCCUUCCAUGUCAUGAAUUUCUCGGAGGAGGACCAGCUCUGCAUCUUGCGCACCAUCGCUGCUGUGCUCCACCUUGGCAAUGUCACCGUGGCCAAGGAGAGUAUUCGCGCCGACCAAGCUGCUCUGGCCCCCGAUGGUUACGCCAGCGUGGAGAAGGCCUGUCGACUUUUGGGCAUUCGCGCCGAACCUUUUGUCAAGGGCUUGCUGCACCCGAGAGUGAAGGCUGGUCGUGAGUGGGUUGAGAAAGUACAGACUCCGGAUCAGGUGCGCCUCGCUUUGGAUGCUUUGUCUAAGGGUAUCUACGAACGUGGCUUUGGUGAUUUGGUCACCCGCAUCAACAACCAGCUUGGUCGCUCCGUGACCGACGAUAACUACUUCAUAGGUGUGCUCGAUAUUGCUGGCUUCGAAAUUUUUGAGAACAACAGUUUCGAGCAACUCUGCAUCAACUACACCAACGAGAAGCUCCAGCAGUUCUUCAAUCACCACAUGUUUGUUCUCGAGCAAGAAGAAUACGCUCGGGAGCAGAUUGAGUGGCAGUUCAUUGACUUUGGCAAAGACUUGCAGCCCACCAUUGAUCUGAUUGAGCUAACCAACCCGAUUGGUAUCUUCUCUUGCCUUGAUGAAGACUGUGUGAUGCCUAAAGCAACGGACAAGUCGUUUACUGAGAAACUUCAUUCCCUCUGGGAUCGAAAGACUCCUAAAUACCGCUCCUCUCGCCUGAAUCAGGGUUUCAUUCUCACCCACUAUGCGGCCGAGGUCGAGUAUACGACACACGACUGGUUGGAGAAGAACAAGGACCCCAUGAAUGACAAUAUCACCCGUCUCCUCGCGGCAUCCGAGGAUCAACACGUUGCGAACCUGUUCGCAGAUUGUGCCGACCCUGAAGAAGGUAGUGAUUAUCCUCGAAGCCGAGUCAAGAAGGGCCUGUUCCGAACGGUCGCCCAAAGACACAAAGAACAGCUCUCCAGUCUUAUGAUGCAGCUUCACUCCACUCAUCCCCAUUUCGUGCGUUGUAUUCUACCAAAUCACAAGAAACGCCCAAAGAUGUUGCACGCUCCAUUGGUCUUGGAUCAACUCCGGUGCAAUGGUGUCCUUGAGGGCAUCAGAAUUGCCAGGACUGGCUUCCCCAAUCGGCUUCCGUUCGCAGAAUUCCGCCAACGAUAUGAGGUAUUGUGCCAGAAUAUGCCGAAGGGUUAUUUGGAGGGUCAGAGUGCAGCGCGAACCAUGCUGGAGAAGCUUGGCAUGGACAGAGCCUGGUACCGUGUUGGACGCACCAAGGUGUUCUUCCGGGCAGGUGUCCUGGCCGACCUAGAGGAAAAGCGAGACCAGCUCAUCCGAACUAUCAUGACCCGCUUCCAGUCUCUCGCUCGCGGUUUUGUUCAGCGGCGCAUCUCCAACAAGCGUCUGUACCGUGCUGAAGCAACCCGCAUCAUCCAGCAAAAUUUCCACUCCUACCUUGAGCUCAAGAGUAGCCCGUGGUGGUGCCUCUUUUCCAGGAUGAAACCUCUACUCGGCGAUACACGGACGGCAAAGGAAGUUAAAAAGAGAGACGAUAAGAUCAAGGAGCUUGAGAUGAAGAUGAAGCAGGAGCUCUCCGACCGACACAAACUCGACGAGGAAAGACGACGCACCGAGAUCGAGAUUCACAAGAUCCAGCAGACCCUGGAAAGUGAACGUGCGCUGGCGCUCGACAAAGAGGAGAUCUUCAGGCGUCUCCAAGACCGUGAAGGCGAACUUGCCGAGAAACUUUCCGAGGCUAUUGCUGAUCAAGAGAAGCUAGAAGAGCAACUUGAUGACCUGGUUGAUGCGAAGAAAAAGACUGAUGAGCAAUUGCAACUGCGAAUCACGCAGCUUGAGCAGGCCGGUCUGAUCAUCCAGAAACUCGAGUCCGAGAAGAACGGCCUGCAAGCUCGGUUGGAGGAACUCGAUGCUCGACUCGCCGGGAUGGAGGGACAAUUCUCUGGGAAAGAUGGUCAAAUUCAGGAGCUUGGUCAGGAGAUCAAGAUGCUCCAGAGCCACCUCAGCCUUAAGGAUCGCAAACUUCAUGAACUAGAGGCCAAGCUGUUGAAGACAGACCAGGAUCUUGACGUCAAACUUGCCAACACUUCCAAAGAACUCGACAAGACGAAGAAGCAGCUUCGCGACACCGUGACUGAAAAUCAAUCGAUUCGCCAACAAAUCACCGAUCUCUCCGCCACGACGACCAGUUAUGAAGACCUCCUCCGUCGCAAGGAAAGCGAAAUGGCUGUCCUCCGCAAUGACUUGAAGAAGCACGACGAAGAUAGACGAAGCAUGGAGGCUGAGAAGAAGUCUCUUACUACCCGACACGAUACAAUGCAGGCACGUCUUCGUGAGAUUCAGGCCGAGCGAGACGCUAUGCGAUCUGAAAAGACCCAGCUUGAACGAGAAGCUGCAGAUGUUAAGCGAUUACUUGAAGAGAAGAGAUCUGAAGACGCCGAAGCCGGGGAGAGUAGGAAGUUGUUGGAACAGCAAGUCCACGACCUCAAGUCUCAACUCUUCCAGGCCGAAGCAGACCUCAGCCGAGAGCGGCAAUCCCGGGACGAUGUUCAGAUGCUUGCUGAGCAUAACCUCGCUGAUUUGACUGAGAAGUACAACUCGCUCAACGAGUCUAAGAUUGAGAUUGAAAAGGAGAUGUACAUCCAACAGGACAGCCUCCGUCGUGCUACCGAAGCACGAGUUGCGGCCGAGAAGUCAAGGAAAGAGCUACAAGCCGAGCUGAUCAAGCUUCGUGAAAGAUUCACGGCUGUCGAAAAUGCCCGCUUGAAUGCGGAGGCUGAAAUUGAACACAAGCUCAAGAAUCAAUCCGAGGAGCGUAUCUUGAGUAUGCGUACAGAACUUGAGGAGAAAAUGCAACUCCUUGAAGAUCUUGAGGCAGAGCGAUAUCAGCUUUCGGUCCGGGUGCAAGAGUUAGAAGAUGCCAUCUCCGAAUCCGACAAUUUCCGUCUGCGCCAUGACCAACACAAAGAACGUCUUGAAAGAGAACUUGUCACUUUGAAGGGCCGACUCACAGCCUCUGAAAACGAUAAUCGUGCUCUUCUCACCAAGAUCCAGCAAAAGAAUCUUGACAUUGCUCGCUCGAAUUCCAAGGCAAGCGAUAGUAAUCGUCUUCGACUUGCCAAUUUCCAAAAGGAAAAGACCAGGAUUGAGGAGGAGAACAAGAAGCUCCAGAAGCAGCUGGGAGAUUCGCAGCUUACAAUCACUUCUCUUGAGAAGCAAAAGGAGAAGCUGUCUUUGAGCCUGGAGGAUCUUAAUCAUGAAGUCAACCGGGAGCACAAGAACAGUCGCAAUGCCGAGAAAGCUGCAUCCACUGCGAACCUUCAACUCGCGGAGGCCAAUCGGAACCUUGAAAACGAACGGCAGCUGCGAGGCCAGGCCCAGGCAAACACUCGACAAAUGCAAGGCUCUCUGGACAGAGCCAACAAAGAGAUUGAGGACCUCCAUCGCCAAUUGAUUCUCUUGCAUAGAGUCUUUGAACCCGAGGCGUCUGAGCCCACCAAAUCCUGGGAGGCUGUCCAGCCACAUUUGUCGAAACAAGUCGAUCUGGCCCAGGUGCUUGACACUGUACAACACAAGCUUCAAGUCACAGAGGAGAAGUACACACGUGCUGAAAGCCAACUCGCAGAGAUGCGUCGCCGUCAUGCAGACGAGAUGAAGGAGCUUGACUCGAGGUACUCUUCUUCAAAGCGCGCAUUGCUUGAAGAGAUUGAUCAGAAUGAAGUGGCCAACACCCGCGCCCCUACACACUUCCGCAAAAAUUCUGAGAAUGCCCUUAAGAGAAUUUCGAACCCCUCGACACCAAACCGACGAUACAACAACGUGUACGAGGGUGCAAACGACUCCGCUCGAUCCGACCGAACGGUUGAUACCGUGGGCUACCAGCGACGGAUGGACACCGCAGCGGAAAUUGAGGAGCUCCAGAACAAGCUUCAAAUGACUGAGAUGCAGAACAAGCAUCUUCAGAGCCAGCUCCAGCAGUCAACCCCAGCCCGAGACAUUUGGCAGGACGACAGCCCAUCGAUCCGUCGCAUGCAACUCUUGGAGCGUGAAAACGGUCGCCUUCAUGGCCAGCUUGACGAUUCAGCCAAGAAGGUCUCGGCUUUGGAACGAAGCAUUCGUUCUGGGGAGCUGUCUCUUCGCGAUGUCCAGGCUAAGUCUCACGAGGAGCUGUUUGACCUGAUCAAUUCCCAGGAGCAGUCUCGUCGAUCUUUGCUCAAGGUUCACAAUGAUGCUUUGGCUGAUUUCAGCGAUGCGAAGUCACAAUACGAAAAGCUCAAGCGCAGCAGGGCCACCCUUGAAGUUGAGGUCCGAGACGCCCGGUCUGAAGCCCAGGAGCUUCAAGCAGCCAGAGAACAAGACCUUGCCAGUCGCAACCAGCUUCUUCAAGAGUUUUCCGACCUGCACAUUCGCUUGGAUGCUGAGACAUCACGCAAUGCUGAUCUUGAGUCGAGCCUGAGCCUUUUCAAGAGUCGUGCUGACGAGUACUUCAGCAAGCUCGAGCAAGCCGAAAUUGCGGUCUUGAAGGCCUCUCGCGCUGAGCAAUUUGCCAAGUCUCGAUGCCAGGAGGCUGAGGACACCUGUGCACAGAUCAUGUCUGAGCGGAAGGAGAUGGAUGCUCUUGUAGAGGACCUGCAACGCCAGACGCAGUCCUUGGAAGCCCGCAUGGAGGACCAAGAGGCAGAACUACAAGGUGCCUUGCAAGCUAAGCAGCGCCUCCAGAAUGAGCUCGAGGACUACCGCAACCAGCGGGCUAUUGACAUCGAGGACAAGGAAACCUCGAUGGAACAGACCCGGCAGAAGUACCAGCGCGAGUUCUCGACCAUUAAUGGUGAGCUCGAGAUGGAGCGUGAGCGGUUACUCAACGUCCGCGGAGAGAACUCGCGGCUGCGCGAAGAGCUCGAGGAUCUUCGAAGCAAAUGGGACAACGAGGUACUCAACAGCUCCACUUGGGCCAAGGAGAAAGCGCGCCUGGAGCUCGUCAUGCAGGACAUUACCAACUCUCGUGAUGAGGCUACCACUGCACACAGUGAGGCUCAGGCUAAGGUGGUGUCUCUCCUAUCUCAGGUGCGAACACUUCGCACCUCCGUUGAUGAUGUCACGGCCGAGCGUGACUUGCUUCUGAAGGACAAGAAGAUGCUUGAAGGUCGCCUGGCCGAGGCCGGUGAACGUCUUGAGGACCUGGCAAAGGGUGAAAGCCCCUCCAUGCGGAACGCUGCCAGCAUGGACCGCGAACUUCUUGAGCUCAAAUCGAAGCUUGCGCAGCAGGAAGAUGUUUCUUCCGCGGCGGUUGGCAAGAUGCGUCGCGCUGACGCCCUCGCCACUGAAAUGCAGAAGGAACUUACUGCCGAGCGCGAAACCAAUGCUCAGCUGUUCAAGGAGAAGGCUGGUCUUGAAAAACAACUGAAGGAGGUGCAGCUCCGCUGCGUGGAUUUGGAGACCAAGGGCUAUUCUUCCGGUAGCCAAGAUGUCCGAUUCUUGCACAAGCGCAUCAAGGAGCUGGAAACUCACCUUGAAGAGCAGGAGAGCAAGCACACUGCUGAGCAGCGCUCUCUCCGCAAUGUUGAUCGUACCGUCAAGGACCUCCAAUCCCAGAUCGAUCGGCGGGACAAGAUGAACUCCCAGCUCAACGAUGAGGUCAACAAGGCUCGGGAUAGGAUUGAAAGGCUCCUCAAGAAUAUCGAGGAACUCCAGCAAGGAGAUACCGAGACGCAGCUGCAAACUCGUCGCGCAGAGCGUGAUCUUCGUGAGGAGCGCGAGAAGGUACUGAUCCUGGAGCGGGAGUUGGAAAACUGGAAAGCCAGGAACACCACUGUUGUCCGCGCCCCCAUGCCAGCGCUCAGCGAGACAGGCAGUCGACGGGGCAGUGCUGUGUAUGGCUAUGACACGACGCCCCAGCGGAAGCCCAGCAACACUAAGGGCUUCCUGUGA